AUGCAGCUUCCGGAAGUUCAGACCCCCCCAGCACAAAUAAUUCAAAACACAAUUACCAAUAUGCCACAAGAUUCUUAUUCAUAUAUGCCAAAUAACGAUGCAUUACGUAAACAAAUAAGUUAUGUUAGAAAAAAGCAUUUACCUUCACAACCACAAUUAUUACAAGAUAUUGCUAUUCCUAUUAAUUUACGUCAAACAAUUCAUGGGGAGCAAUUUCUGGCUAAAGAUAUUGAAUAUGGUGAAGAAAAAAUAUUAAUUUUCUGUACAGCGUCAAAUCUUCAGCAUUUACAAAAUGCCAACUAUUGGAUAGUAGAUGGCACAUUUAAAACUGUGGUGUUUUUCAGCAUAGAUCGACAAAAUAUAAUUUUCUCGCAAAUUCCAAAAGAG